CGGCGCCGAGGGGUGCAGAGAGGUGUAGGGAAGGGCCAGCCGGCGUCGAGGGCCUGUGGAGGGCGCCCAGAGGCCGGAGGAGGGGCCGCCGCAUGCGGCCUUCGACGCUCCGGUCCGGGCGCUAAAGGGGUCGGUUCUUUUCAGAACAUCAGCGACCCCGGUACCAGGAUCAGAGACGUGCAUCUGGGGCUUCUCUCGGCCGCCGCGGUCCGAGAGUCCACGGCCGGGGCUUAGACUGUCCCCGGGGAGAAUAAAAACGUUUCCUCAAGUUGCGCCCCAGGAGGAGUCCCCAGGGAAUGGGCAAAGAGUUGCUAGCCGGCCGGGGGUGGCGGUAGGAGGGACGGGGCCACCUCCGCAGCCGCGGGCUUGCCGCCACCUGCCCCCCAGGCCUGGCCGGGGCGCGCUGCGCAGCCGGGUAGGUCCCGCCGCCCUCGCUUCCCCACUGCCCCGCGGGCGUUCUCGGCGUUUCCGAAAGCACUUUCUGCGGAAGGCUGCUGCGGGCCUGGCCUUUCUGCCCGAAGCAGAGCGCCUGUAAAUGUUCUGUUCGUGGAAUUGCCGGCCAUGUGUGAUGUCGGAGUGAGCUGUCGUUCAACAGUUGGCGUGUGUUUUAUGGAACCCUGCCUCCUAGCCAGGGGCCAGGGAGUCUUGGCAGGCAAUGAACUUGAAAUUUGCAAGCAUACCUCGGUUUCAUCAAGCUAGGUACUGCACCGACUGCUUUUGAAUCUCGUACCAUGAGUGGGGGUUGACUUCCUUCCAGCAUGGUCUGUUCGCCGGUGCACUGGAGAUGCCCUCAUUUCAGGCUUUCAUGGCGCACCUUUGUCUCGUUUUCCUAAAACAUCAUCUCUAGCCUUGUCUCAGCUCCAAGAACUUAAGUCCUUAUACCAAGAACAAAAACACCCUAGCAAAUUAAAUUAAAAAUUAAAAUUAAAAAAAAAAAAACCCUGCAAACAUCUCCAAACCUUUCAACCAAAAUAUAUAUAGAUGAAUGUGCAGACCAAAGGAUCAAGAUAUUAUAUUUAAAAAUGAGUAAGGGCGCCUGGGUGGGUCAGUCGUUAGGCGUCUGCCUUCAGGUCGGGUCAGACUCCCAGGGUCCUGGGAUUGAGCCCCGCAUCAGGCUCCCUGCUCUGCGGGAAGCCUGCUUCUCCCUCUCCCAGUCCCCCUGCUUGUGUUCCCUCUCUCGCUGUGUCUGUCAAAUAAAUAAAUAAAAUCUUUAAAAAUAAAUAAAAAUGAGUCAAGGUUAAAGGUGAUGUCCUUCUUAAAGCAUACUUCAGUAUUCCAAGUACAUAUUCCAUAGGAAGCUCCCUGAGAACUGGGCAACCGAACAGUUCUCUGCUCUCUGGAAUUUCAAUGCCAAUUGUGACUUUUUCUCACUCCCAAAUCAACAUGAAGUAAUUAUUCUAAGCACCUGGAAGUGGGAGCGGUGAUGAGGAUGGAGAGGAAGAGUGAAUCCAAUACACUGCAUAUCAACAGAUCUUAUCAUCAUGAGUAGCUUUCCCACUUGCUUUGGAAGUUUCAGCAAGCACCUAAGGAACGUUUUAAGAAUCCUAAUCUCAAAAAAAUGGGUGGUUUUAAGAUCAUUUCUCAAUUCUCUUGGCCUUUCAGCUUGCAUAACUAGUCCAUUGGCCUAACAAUAACCUAAGAGGUUUUAAAUAAAUGCCUCUUCAAAAGGGAGAGGGGAAAAAGGGGGAGAGGAAAGCUAAAUAACCAGAUGCAUCUGUAUCUAAUGAAGACAAAUUGGAUAAAUAGGACGUUAUCAGCGGUUUGAUGCACAGCUGAUAAAAAUUAUCUUCAGCUAGGCAUCCUUGAGGUCUGAUUACAGAAGUGACCCUAGCCUACCCACACACCUAAAAUUUAUUUAAGAGAUUGACCCAGGCUCUUCCUGGCUUUUAGCAAGAAGACUGGUAGGGGGAAAUGUAUCCCUUGCUAGUUCUUUCAGGCCAUGGCGCUUCUUAGCAACUUCUUCCUUUGGUUUUUCUGCUUUUCCUGGCUGUGUUUCCCUAUUAGCCUUGGUUCUCAGGCUUCUAGAGGAGAACCUCAAAUUGCAGCUGGUGCUGAAUUGGAAUCUGAGGCUGAGCCUUGGUCUUUGUUGCGGCCUCUAGAUGGAAGAGACAGAUCUGGCUUCCUUUCUCCUCUUUUCAAGGUUCUGUAUGAUGGGCAAGGUGGCACUCCUAGGCUGCAGCCAGACUCCAGAGCUUUGAGCUACAUGAAGAGGCUCUAUAAGGCAUAUGCUACCAAGGAGGGGAUCCCUAAAUCCAACAGAAGUCCUCUCUACAACACUGUUCGGCUCUUCACAUCCUGUGCCCAGCACAAGCAGGCUCCUGGGGACCAGGCAACAGGAUCCGUUCCAUCAGUGGACCUGCUGUUUAACCUGGAUCGUGUUACUGCCGUUGAAAACUUAUUGAAGUCAGUCUUGCUAUACACUUUCAGCAACUCCAUUUCUUUUCCCUCUGCUGUUAAAUGUGUGUGCAACCUGGUGAUCAAAGAGCCCGAGUCUUCUAGCAGGAUCCCCCAUAGAGCUCUGUCCUCAUUUACCUUUAACUUAGAGUUUGAAUUGAAAAAGAAAUACACAUGGUUUGAAGUUGAUGUGACCACUCUUCUUCAGCCUCUAGUGGCCUCCAACAAGAAAAGUAUUCACAUGUCUGUAAAUUUUACCUGCACGAGAGACCAGGGGCAGGAUCCUUCAGCUCAGGACAGGCCAUUUAACGUGACCCUCCAGGUGCCCCCCUCACUGCUUUUAUAUCUGAAUGACACAAGCGCUCAGGCUUAUCAUGGGUGGUGUUCCCUUCGCUAUAAACGGAGACCUUCACGGAGUGCCGACCAGAACAGGGGUCUGUCCGUCUGCCCCCAGGGAGAAGGGUCGGCUGAGGGUGUAAGAUCUCCUCGUCACCGGAGAGGUCAGGAAACCAUCAGCUUGCCAUUGAACAAGCCUCGGGCUCCAGCUUCUUUGAAUCUGAGUGAAUACUUCAAACAGUUUCUUUUUCCCCAACAUGAGUGUGAACUCCAUGACUUCAGGCUGAGCUUCAGCCAGCUGAAGUGGGACAACUGGAUCGUGGCCCCGCCCAGAUACAACCCUCGAUACUGUAAAGGGGACUGUCCAAGGGCAGUUGGACAUCGGUAUGGCUCGCCAGUUCACACCAUGGUGCAGAACAUCAUCCACGAGAAGCUCGACUCCUCGGUGCCAAGACCAUCGUGUGUGCCUGCUAAAUACAGCCCUCUCAGUGUUUUGACCAUCGAGCCAGAUGGCUCAAUUGCUUACAAAGAAUAUGAAGACAUGAUAGCCACUAAGUGCACCUGUCGUUAAUGUCGGGUUCUCUAAACUAAAACCUUGAGCCUCUUCAGCAAGGGAAAUACCGUGUGCCUCUCUGUGCCUUCAAGGGAGAGCUCGGUGUCGAAUGGCUAUAAUGGGCUAUGUGUUGUGUACGGAGGUGCCUGUGUAGAUUCUGUGACAUCCAUCAGUGUAAAGUGGUAACAUCUGCCUUUAUCUUCAAAUGUAAAUGAAAUUCAUUUGGAGGGCUUCAAACUUUUUUCCCUGAGCGAUUUUAUUUUUCUUUUCAUUGGGAGUCUGGUUUUUCAUGUAAGAAAAAAAUCUUAACAUAAAUCUUGGAUGGAAUUGCAGCUCUGAAUACAGUUCAGAGUGCUAUAGUUUUAUUUAAUGGAAGAAUAAAUCCCUCUAGUGGCAUAAAUUUACCAUGUGUGUG